CGAGCAAAAAAAAAAAAACACACCGAAGAGCGAGUAUAGUGAUGAGUGGAGAGAAAACAAUCGUACACUUCUUUCGCAUUAACGAUAAUAAUUAAUAGGCUAUUCCCAACGUCGCAAUGGCCAGUGUGGUGAUUGCACUUUACGCACAACGCACGAUUAUAUUCUUCCCCACCUAAGGCGGUGGUCGCCGAACGGCGUAUUGUUGUAGACGAAAAAAAGAAUGGUCUACCACGACGACAUUGGAUUUGCUACGWAUCACCAUCACCGCCGUUAUAACAAUCGUCGUAAGCCUACAAGUUUUACGACUAUUACUACGACUACUUCUACUACCACUACUGUCGUCGAUUCUACUAGUUUUACUACAAGACGUAGUUGUACUAGUUUUACCACUUUCACGACAACCGACUCGUAGUAGUAGCACGGAUUAGUAGUCAAAUGUACGCGACCCGAGGACCAUCGGUGUGCGCACUGUUCUUAUCAUCACCAACUCCUCGACGACUGUUGACGCGUAACAAGUAGGUAAGAUAAUCGAAGACGAGGUGUUCGAUCGCCUUGAUCUUAGCGACCGGUUUCCCAUUUCCGUCUCGAGUUUUGUUCGGCUAUGGACCGCGUUYGUACUUACGCCACUGCAGUGUUCUCCGCAGUCCACCACCACCGGUGUCUCUCGUAAAAAUCGUCUGUCCACAAGGCCGUUGACUUAAGCCUGGGCAGUCCCUUCAUAUGGACGAGCGAAAAUGGGCGACUUAACGUUCUACACCGUAACCUACAACGUUGCAACUAGAUCUCCCAGACAACCUCUAGAAGAUUUGCUGCAAUGGAACGGCCGCACCGAACAACAGCUACCAGAUUUUUGUUUAUUUGGGUUUCAAGAAAUCAAGGCUCAACCUCAAAACUUAUUACUCGAUUCAUUGUUUGAUGACCCAUGGACAGCUGCUCUUAGGGAUAUUUUAAGUGACUAUCAUUAUGUUAAAAUACGAACUGUGAAAAUGGUUGGAUUGUUGUUAAAUGUAUUUUGUAAACGUAGACAUGUUUCACUUUUAAAAGAAAUGCAAACUUCAGAAACACGUACUGGACUUUUGGGUCUUUGGGGAAAUAAAGGUGCUGUCAGUUUUAGUUUUAAAAUUUAUGGGGCGACAAUAUGCUGUGUUAACUGUCACUUUGCCGCACAUGAAGAAUAUUUAAAACACAGAAUUGAUGAUUAUCACACAAUCAUUAAUAAUCAAUAUUUUGGUUCAUCAAGAAAAACCAUUUUAAAUCACGACUUUGUUUUUUGGUUUGGCGAUCUCAAUUUUCGUUUAGACAGUAGYAAAUUGAAAUCAGCGGAAGAAAUUGCYUGCCAUGUUAACAAUGUGAAUUUAUCACUGAGAACUGCRAAAACCUUAACUGAAAUUUGGGCCCAAGAUGAGUUAAGUUCAGUUAUGCAAAAAUCAAAAGCUUUUAAAGGAUUUUUUGAGCAAUUGCCAAUGUUUCCACCUACUUAUAGAUAUGUUUUUGGUUCCAGCAGUUAUGAUCUUAAGAGAAGGCCUGCAUGGACAGAUCGCAUUUUAUACAAAAAUGUUGAUUCAUCUAAUGAAAAGUAUGUAUUAGAGGUACUAUCAUAUAAGUACAUUGAUUCAAUACAAUUAAGUGAUCACAGACCAGUUUAUAGCGAAUCCAGUGUUCAAAUAUAUACUGAAGGACAUUUCAACAAUGUUGACCAACCUGUUAUUUUCCAACCAAUUAACACAUGGCAAUUAGAAACAGAAAAUGAAGUUAAUUUACAGAUAAGAGAAUAUAUUCCAUGGGUGAAUGAUUGGAUAGGAGUAUUCAAAGAGAAAUUUACUAGUCUUGAUGACUAUGUAUCAUAUGUAUACUUACCUUCAGAAACCAUUGAAUGUGAAGAAUCAAAUGAUGAAUAUAGACGAUUUGAUAACAUGACAUCUGUGUGUAGAGUAAAAUUUGUUCCUGAAAUAUUUUCAGAUGGUUCAAAAAGGGUGUGUUUGAAAUUUUCAGAAACUUCAGUGCUAAAUCCAGGCACUUAUAGACUAAUAUAUUUUAGUAGUACUAAUAAUUCAGUGCUAGGAAUAUCAAAUCCAUUUAUUGCCACCAAACAAACAUGUGCAUUAAAUACGUCUCAAGAAUUUGGUUGGUAGAAUUUCAAUAUUUCCCUAUUGUUGUAUCAUUAAAAUGUUUUCUUCUUGAUUAGACAGUAAAUUAUUUUAUGUUUGUUCAAAACGUCCACUAGUUAUUAAAGAGAUAUUGUUUUAAAUUGUUUAUUUCUAUUAUUACAAGUGUUAAUUAAUUGCUCAUACUAGUAUUUAGAAAUUAUCUGUGAUUAAGGCUGUAACUAUGUAGGAUGGUUAAUGCUGUAAACCGUUUUAGAUAUAGAUAACAAUCAUUUUAAUAAAAAAUAAAAUUGUUACACCAGGCGUUUUGUGUAGUUCUAGCAAUCCGGCUAAAUUAAAAUAGACGAUUAUGUUAAAUGAGAAGCUGUUAAAGUUUUGAUAUUUUUAGCAUGUAUUUUAUUUUCAUUGUUAAAUAUAUUGUAAACCAUUUUAUA